AUCAUUCAUAAUAGUGUUCAUAUUGUUGAAAGAUAAAUAAAUCAAAGCAUAUUUGAUAUUUGAUAAGAAAGUCACAAACAUAACAAAAAAUAUAAAAAAAGGUGAAAUAAUAAAAUAUUUUUUUUUGUGAAUUAUUGAUAAGAUAGUGUAACAUAAUAGCAGAGAAUAUUGCAGUUUAUUGUGGAAUAUAAAAAUUAGGUGAAGUGUGCGCCAAGCUGGAAUAUAAAAAAAAGAGUUUUUCUCAUUAAAAAAGGCAAGGAGUGUCAUCAUCAUCAAGAUCAUCAAAGUGAAAUAAGACGACGACGACGUGUGGUGUGAGGAGGAAUAAGCAAGAAGUUUUUCAAAUUAAUGAGGAGCAGAAACAAAUUAAUUUUCAUUUGUGGAUUUAUGUAUGCUUAGAUGCUGUUUAAAUAUUUAAAUGAUGAAGAUGUUGUAAAAGAAAUUACCAUAAAUUAAGGAUGUAAAAUGUAAAAGUGGAAGUGGCAAAAAAGUAAUUGCAACAAAAACGGAACAUAAAUGUGUGUAAAAUCUAGUCAAUAUUUUGAUAAAUAAGAGAAGUAACUGGAAGCUGAGAAGAAGUUCUCAUGAGAAUCAUGGGAAAGGACGUGACAUCAUUUGUAUAUUAUGCUGUUAUUUGGAUUAAUUUAUUUUUAUGCUCAUAUGCACAAUAUCGAUCACCGAGAAUCACAGAACAUCCGAGUGAUAUUCUAGUCGCCAAAAAUGAACCCGUUACGUUAAACUGCAAAGCAGAAGGACGACCCGAGCCAGACAUUGAGUGGUUUAAAGAUGGAGAGCCUGUGAAAAUUAGCACGAAUGAUAAUAAGUCACAUCGAGUGCUGUUACCAUCCGGUUCCUUAUUUUUUCUUCGGACUGUCCACAGUAAAAAGGAACAGGAUGGAGGUGUUUAUUGGUGUGUUGCCAAGAAUUCAGCUGGAAAGACUUCAAGUCGGAAUGCAACAUUACAAAUAGCAGUUUUACGCGAUGAUUUCCGUGUGGAGCCAAAAGAUACUCGCGUUGCGGCAGGUGAAACAGCAUUACUCGAAUGUGGUCCACCGAAAGGCAAUCCCGAGCCGAAAGUUGAAUGGAAAAAGGAUGGUGUCUGGAUUGAUUUAGAUGAUAUUCGAAGUCGUAAUAAUCGACUGCGUAUAGUCGAUGGUGGCAACUUACUGAUAAAUAAUGUGCAAACGAUCGACGAAGGAAAAUAUCUGUGCGUGGCAUCAAACAUGGUGGCUAGUAAGGAGAGCGUGUUGGCUAAAUUAACUGUCCAAGUUAAACCAUCAUUUAUCAAAGAGCCGUCGAAUGCGAGCAUCCUUGCGGGGCAGACUGUUCAGCUACAUUGUUCAGUUCAGGGCGAUCCACAACCGCAAAUUUUAUGGCGUAAGGAGAAUGGAAAUAUAGCACUAGGAAGAGCUGAAAUUCUGGAUGGAGAUAAGAGUUUGGUCAUAAAAAAUGUACUGCCGAGCGACGAGGGAACAUACAUUUGUGAAGCUCACAAUAGCGUCGGUCAAAUCAGCUCUAAAGCACAAUUGAUUGUUAAUUCACUGCCAGUUUUUGAUACAAAGCCACAAGAUGUCAAGAUUGGAAUCAAUGGAUUAGCGAAAUUUGAAUGUAUCGCAUCUGGAAAUCCACAGCCGUCAAUAUAUUGGACAAAGGAGGGCUCACAAGAGCUAAUGUUUCCAGAUAAUACUUACGGUCGUCAUCAUGUUACGUUGGAAGGAACUUUGGAAAUUAAAGCUGUAAAGAAGGAAGAUGCUGGAUAUUAUGUAUGCUCAGCAUUUAGCGUUGCUGGAUCAGGAACAACGAGAGCAUUUUUAGAAGUAAAUUCUGUUGAUGACAUACCACCACCAAUUAUAAAAAUUGGGCCAGCGAAUCAAACAUUACCGAAGGGUAGCGUUGCGACAUUAUUGUGCCGAGCUAGUGGAUCGCCUACGCCUGAUAUUAAAUGGUCUAAAGAUGGUGCUUCAUUGCACGUGAAGAAACGCUUUGAAGUCAUACAGAGUGGAACGUUGAAGAUUGACGAUCUACAUCCUGAAGAUUCCGGCAUGUACACAUGUACAGCGUCCUCAGAGGGCAGAGAGACAUCAUGGUCUGCAAUGCUUACGGUCGAGAAGAGCUCUACAAGUGCACUGCAUCGAACGCCAGACAUUAGCAUGCUACCAUCGUCACCGAGUGAGCCAAAGCUAGUGAAUGUGACGGCAAUGAGUAUAACAUUAGCAUGGAAUAAAAUGCAACCGAAGCAGAGUGGUACGACAGCAUUUAUCGGAUAUACUGUCGAGUAUUUUAGUUCCGAUUUACAAUCGGGAUGGGUAAAGACAGCAGAACGAGUGCCCAGCAAUAUUGUCACGAUUACCAAUUUGAAGCCGGCAACAUCAUAUGUGUUUAUAGUUCGUGCAGAAAACUCUUAUGGCCUUUCCGAGCCUUCCGUUAUGUCAAGUGUAAUCAAAACAUUAGGCACCGACAAGAGUGUUUUACCACCCGAUGAAUUGGCUGCUGCUCGUUCAGCACUGAGUGUAAAGGUUCUGGAAUUGACAGAUGCUCUGGCAGUUAAUUCAACGGCAGUACGUCUCGAAUGGCAUUUGUUAUUGAGUAAUACGGAAUACUACAUUGAGGGUCUCCUCGUUCGAUAUCGAGAAUUGAACAGUGGUUCUCAAAAGUAUAUCACACACAUCGUCACUGAGCCUGAUCUUGAAAUGUACGAUGUUGGCAGUCUCAGCAAGUUCACAAAGUAUGAAUUUUUCAUAUCACCAUUUUAUCGCUCAGUUGAAGGCAUGCCGAGUAAUUCCAAAAUCGUACAAACAUUGGAGGAUGUUCCCACAGCAUCUCCAUCAAACGUACAAGUGGGUAUGUUAAAUUUAACAUCGGGCGUUGUUCGUUGGAAUCCACCACCUCCUCAGGAUCACAAUGGCAUUUUACUCGGCUACAAAAUUCAAGUUAAAGCUGGAAACUCGACAAAAAUUCUCGCUCAAAUGACUUUAAAUGCAACGACAUUAUCAGUUGGAUUGCAUAAUUUGACAACAGGUGCUACAUAUAAUGUUCGUGUUGUUGCAUAUACUCGAGUUGGCGCUGGGCCAUAUUCCAAGCCGGUGUCCCUUAUCAUGGAUCCAGCACAUCUUGUUACACCACCACGAGCACAUCCGAGUGGCAUUUCAGCCUCGGGCGAACCAUAUUCAAAUGAAAGCAUCAUUAAUGAACCGUGGUUUAUGGCAGUCAUUGCAAUUGUACUUGUCAUGUUUCUUGUCUCGACUGCAUUUACUCUACGAUUCCUGUACAGAAAGAGGAAGAAUUUAUCGAAAGGACUUCAACAUUUGAGCGUUCCAAGCGUCGUUAAUGGUGGCGACGUGAUGAUGAAUAUUAAUGGCAAAGAGAGCUUAUGGAUUGAUUUUAAAUCAUCUAUAGGGCCAUUACAAAAUAAUCGUGGAUGGCGAACAGGUGAUAUGGAUAAAGAUUCCGGACUAAGUGGUAUGAAAUUACUUGAAAACUCACAAUUGGCAUCAUCGCAAGGAAAUUAUACAGACUGUGGUACUGAUUAUGCGGAAGUAGAUCCACGAAAUAUUACUUCUUUCUAUAAUUGUCGAAAAUCUCCCGACAAUCCAACGCCGUAUGCUACGACAAUGUUAAUUAAUUCAAUGGCACCGGAUAUGUGCACAAAUCCAUCACAUUCACAUUCUGAGCACGAAAUCGGAGCGGGUGGAUCAUCGGGUACGUCUAGUUUACAUUCUGAUGGUAAACAGAUGCAUUGUAUGUUUCCAAAACAUUAUAAUCCAGCGCCUACAAAUUGGAUAGACUUCCUUCCACCACCACCAAUGGGCCCACCACCAAUUCCGGAAAUGUCUUCCGAUUAUGGAUCCGAUCCUUUCACAGCAGGCAUCGUACCAAAUUGCAAGAAAUCAUCAUUAAGCUCCCGUAGCGGCUCAGGAAUGUCAUCAAGACAGCAACAGCCAAACAUGAACAUAUCACAAGGGUCUGAGUAUAACUACAAUCAUGCGACAUCAUCAAGUAAAAAUUCCUCAAAUGGUAUGCCAUAUACAACUCGACCACUUCCAUUCCUGUGUCACGAGUCGGCAAUGAAUCAACAGCAAGCUUAUAACCACAUGAUGAACAAUUCUAAUAAUCCAUGCUGUCCACCACAACAGCAAGCAUUGAUAACUGAACAUAUCUAUAAUGAAUAUGAGCCAUAUCAGCAGAGGAAAUUUAAUUCCAGAUUAUGCGAUAGCUACGAUGCAUUGCCAAAUUGCUCAAAUUCAAAGCAAACGACACCAACGACUCUACACAAUCCGACAAGUUUUGGCUCACUCAACGAUAAUUCCAUUUAUAAAUGUUCGUCCGAUUGCUACUCAAUGGAACGUCAGCCACGCCACAAUCAUCAUACACAUUCUCAUUUUAAUCAUAAUGGUAAUAAUAACAAUAACAACAAUAAGAGAAACAAAAAGACUAAACAUCAUCAUCGAGCUGGAAAUAAUAACAAUAAUAGUAAUAGUAAUCAAAAGCAUCAGCAUUCGCCACAAGAUACAAUUCCUUUUAAUCAUCAAAUUCCUGCAGCAACAACGCCAGAUCAGAAUCAUGCAAAUUACGAAUACAUAAUUGGCGAUGAGUCUCAUUGUGGCGAUGAUGAUGAGAACUCAUGUAAUUUAGGUAAAGUGACAAUUUCCGAAAAUGAGGAGACGACAGAGCAUGAUGAUGACGAUGAAAUUGGAAAUAGUUAUUCAUGUGAUGAUACAUUGACAGAUGAUGCUAUCCUAUCGGGCGUUGAUCCAGAGCAGAUAAAUAAAUCCAAUAAUCAUCAUUACAAACAUAAUAAUCAUCAUCAUUGUGAGCAAGCGAGUCGAGAUAGUGGAAGUGGAGGCGAUACAUGCUGUUCGUGCAGUGACACGUCGUGUGUUUAUGAGGAACCACCUAGUCAUCCAUCGUCAAUUCAGAUAAAUAAUAAUAAAAAUCAAGCAUUGAGGAUUGGCGAUGAACAUUAAGAAGAUGAAACUUUAUUUUGUGAUAAAUGCUGUUGUACAUGCACAAAUGUGUAUGUGUGUGUGUUGGUUAUCAACACUUCAAGCUGAAUAGAAAAAUUGAGAGGAAGGAAGGAAAUAAAAAGAAUUUUAGCACACACAUCUACACAAAUUUUUAUCAUCAUCAAGGAACAACUUUCCUCGUUCUGUGCUGUUCCACAACAUUGAAUGUCGCAAUUUCACAUCAACAAUUCGGAGCAUAGAGACAUAAAAAUAACAAGUAUAAAGACUGAAGACAAUUGUAGUCUUAAGACAAAUUGGAUAGCUUGUUAAUGGCACUUUUUUGUCUUCCUUUUUGCCUUAUUUUUUUGGGGUUGUGUGAGCUGAGUGCUUUGAGAUGAUUUUGGGUAGAUUUGAGGUGCAUGAUGUUAAUUUCUGCUGGGUAGAGGCGUGGCAAGAGGGAAUAUGACAUAAAAAACGACCAUGCGAAAAGAUCCAAAUUUUAAUUUGGUCUUAAACGACAAACAACCUUGCUACGUCUCAAAAUAACUAGUUAAUGAAUUUAAAACUUACUGUUGGUUAAAGUGUUCGCUUACUUCUAAGACACCUCUAUGAAAAUACGUACUAUAGGAUAUUUGAGGUUAGAGGUCAGGAGUGUAGUCAAUAGAAGAUAGGGACACAACAUGUUGGUACUGAUGCUAAGAUCUAGUUGUAAAAAAACUUAAAAUUAAUGUAGAAUCGGUACUAAACAUCAACCAACAUCAUCGUGGAUGUUUGAACAAUUUAAAAAAAAAUAAUUAACCAUCCAGGAAGAUCAAGGUACUCAAAAAUCUACCCAAAAAGUUUCUUUGUCUCUCAUUUCAUCUGUCAAAUAAUUUUAUUCCUCACUAAACAUGAACAUAAUUUUCGUAUUCCUUCCUACAUACUUUUGUCACAAGACAAAUCUCCUUCUCGUUCCAAGAAGGUUCCUCACCCGAUUUGCGUAUGUAUUUUUAUUUUUCAUCAUGAAACUAAAAUCAUAAAAAUGAAUCUUAUUUUCUAAUAUUAUCUAGAAUGAAAUGAAAAUCCUUGUUCAUUAUUUUCUUGUUUGUUGGAUGGAAAACAGCAGCAACACCAGCAAUAAAAAUCUCGUAUUGUAGAAGAAAUUUCUCAGGCGUGAAGUAGAAAAAAAAAGGCGAUGACGAUGAGAGUCAUAAAAAUGUGAGCUUUAUGUUGCUAAGAGAAGGAAUUUCUGUGCUGUCUGCUGCUCCAUAACAAGGAAAUAUUUCUUCUUGCUUCUUGUUCCUUUUCUUUUGUUGUCUGGUUUUCAUCAGAUUCUAAAUUAUUUAAAGUGAAAAAUGAUGAUUUUUCUGUAUUUUUUGUGUGAAGAGGUUGAUGUAGGAAGUGAUUUGAGAUAGAAUGAAGCAUGGCAAAGGUGUGUGCUCCUGUCUGGUAAAUUUUGUAGAAAAGAAAUCGAAUUGAGAUUCAAUUGUCUGCUUUGAAAAUUAUUCGAGCUGGAAAUUGCAGAAAUUGAGUGAGAAUUUUCAUGAAUUUUUUGCUUAACUUGAUUAAAUUUUGGUUUAUGCUUGUUAAGUACAGACAAUCAACUAGAUUUUAAUUAAGUGGAAUCUGGUAAGACCAUUUUGAGGUUAAAUGAAACUUUCUUAGUAUUUUAAGUGCAAAAUAAUUCUCUAUAGUCUUGAAUGAGGCUCUUUGAGGUCGACUAAGGUUUUGUUCGGUCCAUUUAAAGCUUUUUAGUGUCAAAUGAGACAAAUUAGGGUCUUGCAAGUCAAUAAAGGGUCUACAAGGACCAAAUAACAUUAUAUAAGGGUUGAAAGGGGCUCUUUUUAGUUGAUCAAGCUCGUUAACAUUUAAUAAGGCUCUUAAAGGGCUAGCAAAGCUGUAUAUAGCUAAAAUUAAUUAAGCCUCAUACCUCAAAAACAUUCAAUCACCAUUUAAGCCUCAUAUCCAUUAGAAUUAAUUUAAUCUAUCUCAAUUUACCAUCAAACCUUAAUACCUCCCAAAAUUUCCUAUUUCAAUCGACUUUUUUUACUGCCUUUUCGGCUCUACACAUCGCGUAUCUCAAAUCCUCAUUAAUUGAAUCAAGGAUUUCUCGUUUGAUCAGGUUUAUCUCAAUAAAAAAUACAUCAAAAAUCGUCAAAACGAAAUCUCAAUAUUGUCGGAAUACGAAAAUAAUUUAAUUUAAAUUUAAAACGAGAAAGCGAUGAAAGCUUUUUAAAAGUCAUAAAAUAAGGCAAACUAGGAAGGGGAAAAAUUGUAAUUAGAUUUUUUUCAUCUAAUCAAAUUUCCUAUCUAAAGCAUGUUCAAUAUUGUCGCACAAAAAAAGGAUAAAAUUUGCUCUCAAAUGUCGAAAAAUCUCAAAGAAAAAAUGUGCGAUUAAAAAAAUCAGCGCGAUGGAAAAAUAAUUUUUUUUGGAAACCUCAUUAAAAUUCAAGCCGCAGAUUUCGAAAGAAAUUGAAAAUGUAAAGAAGUAAAAAUUCCUAGUCGGCGGUGCUUUGCUGUCAACGUAGCAGAAACAACGACAGUUACGAUGAUGAAGUCAACAUUAUUUUGCUGUUGUUGUCGUUGUUGUUGCUAGGCAGCUCUAAAGAAUUUAAUAAUAGACAAAAUAAAAAAUUCAAUUACGUAAAACGACAAAAACAAUGCGAAAAAGACUCUCCAAAAAAAUCUGUUUUCGUUUUUUCUCAAAAAUGAUGGCACAAAAUAAGAUUUUUUGUAUAUAAAAUUUGUUCCAUUAUUCCUCACUGUCUUUAACCCUCCCCAAACAUGUUUUAAACUAUAAUUCUUAACUUUCUUAGUAAUAUGUAUUCGCAAAAAGAGAGAAAAAAAAUAGAAUCUGUGAUAUUUUUUAUAGUGUGAUAAAAGCUUUGUAUAGAAAAAAAAUUAAGAAAACAACUCUAA